AUGCAGCAUGAUAGGGGGCAAGUUGAUGAAGAGGAGCUGAGGAAUAUAAAGGAGAGAUUGACUGUAGCAGAAAGGGAAAGAGAUAGAGCGCGUGAUGAGAUUAAAGAGAUGAAGAAGUUGGCUGAUGAGUCAAAUGCCAGGUUAAAAGAAGCAACGUCUAAUGGGAAGGCUGCUGAUGUGUUUACGGAACUCAAUUCAGUAGUGGAAUCUUUGUCAAAAUCAAAUCAAGAGUUGAAGAUCAAAGAAAUGGCUAUCACAUCUUUGAAAGCUGAAGUUGGAAAGCUGCGAGAGGUGGAGGCCAAAUUGGUAGAGAAAGUUAACUUACUGGAAAAACUGAAAAAGGAGUUGAGUGAUGUUAAAUCAACUCAGAGCAUGAAAAGAAAUCAAGGACUUGAGGCUGAAGUAAAGAAAGGGAACGAAGCAGACAUGAAAUUGUUAGAUUCGUUUGCUGUUCAAACAAAGCAGCUUGAACAGACCAAGAUAUUGCUUGAAGAGUCGAAGCUUGAGAUUAAAUCCCUUCACAAGAAGGUAGAGGAAUUGGAGAAACAUGAUAGAGAUAGAAUUUCAUUGCAGAAAGAAAUAGAGAGCCUCAAGUCUGAACUUCAGUUGGCGAGACAGAACCGGACUCAUGCUCAGGAGGGCGGAAAACAUUCAGCAUCGAAGACCAAGAAUCUAAUUGAGGGGAUGGAAUUGCUUAAGCAUGAAUUGAGAUUAGCAACUGAGGCAGAAGAGAACAGCAAGAAGGCAAUGGAUGACUUGGUAUUAGCGCUAUCAGAAGUUGCAACAGAAGCCAGCCAAACGAGGGAGAAGCUUAUGUUAACUCAGGAAGAGUCGGAGCACUUCAAAAAGGAGGCAGAAGAUUUGCAGGAGAAUUUAAAUGGUAUUGAGGACAAGUAUAGGACUCUUUUGAAUGGGGCAAGGAAAGAAACCGAUCGAUAUAGAAAAACAGCUGAGAGGUUGCGUAUAGAGGCUGAAGAAUCGCUUAUGGCAUGGAACGCGAAAGAGACAGGCUUUGUCGAUUGUAUCAAAAGAGCUGAAGAUGAAAAGUCUUGUGCAUGGGAAGAGAACACUAAACUGCUUGAAUUGCUUAGAACAGCUGAGAACAUGAACAAGAUAGCUAAACAAGAGACUCAGAAGGUGCGCGAUAUACUUAAGCAGGCCCUGAAUGAAGCUAAUGCUGCAAAAGAAGCUGCAGGAAUUGCCAGAGCUGAGAAUUCCCAACUCAAAGAUGUCUUAACUGAAAAAGACAAUGCUUUGGUUUUCAUUACUCAAGAGAACGAAAACCUUAGGAUCAAUGAAGCUGCAGCUCUCGAACAAAUCAAAGAGUUGAAACAGUUGCUCUCUAAAGCAUCAGAAACGCAGUGUAAUGUGGAAGACAAGGAAAGCCAACAUAAACAAAAGCCACAGAAUGCAGAGGAGAAGCAGCACAAAAAUGGCAAGAAACUGGGCCCUUCAUACAGUUUCAAUCUUAAAGAGCUAAUAAUUCCCCAUAAACACAAGGAUGUAGAUGAGAACAACAAAACUCCUGAUAAACAAAACAAUAAAGGCGAGGAAGAUGACUCUGACAAUGCUGAUCCACUUAGGGGAUCAAUAUUUGAUGAUGAAGCAGAAUCACCAGUAGCAACUCUCCAUCACCAGAAAAAAUUCACAAAUGAUGGAGAGGUAGCAAAACCGGAGGAUUACGAUCAUCUAGAUGGAGCUCAUAUCGAUGAUCCCGAGAAUGAAAGAAACUCUAUGAGAAAAAGAGCAUAUUUACGAAGAUUUGGAGAUAUUCUACUGAGGAGGGGAGGCUCUAACAGAAGGGGACAACCUGCAGUUGAUGGUGAGGGUCAAAGAAAAGAACUAUGA